AAUAUUCCUGGACGUCAUGGACCUCAGUCUUACCAUCAGGGAAACUAGGCUCAGACUACGCCCAAACUCUGCCCAGGUGAAGACAGUGUACGUAGACAGUACAGAAUACUGCGAUGGAGACCAUGCGGACGGACAUGGUCAUAGUGGUUCUCUUGCUGCUGGCACUGGUUGUGCCGGACAAGUCAGUGGCGCUUGGAAGACAUACAACGCUGUGUCAUAACGACCACCAAUGUAUCUCCGGGAUGGGGAGGGGAGCCUGCUGUGCCCCCAGGAACCUGAUCUUCGCACCGGUCCCGGAGUGCAAGCCUGCGGGCAGGAGGGCCCAGCUCUGUCAUGUCGCUUCCAACUUCCUGCCGUACCCGCUGCACCAGCCACACGGCUUCCAUCGCUGUCCCUGCGGGAACGGUCUCGCCUGUGUGCCGACGAGACGGGGCAGCAUCAUCGGUGUGUGCAAGGACCUGAGGCAGCUGUAACCCUGACACCGUCACUUCAAUAACGGCGAGUGUGCAAGAACCACCGUACGCCAGACAGGCCAGAAAAUUAUAAUUAAGCUAUUCAACAAAUACACUAUUAAAGAGACACAGCAUCAGACACUUAACUUCACAGUGUAACGGGAACUGUUUCCGUGAGCCAGAGAGAAACGUAGCGUUAUACCAUGUGACGACUCUAUUCUACUAAUUAUUAGGCAUUCUACAUUUUUGAGUCAGACUUUGGCUGCUUCAGACACACGACACAUAUUUUGUUAAAACCAGCACAGAUCUAAGAUCACCAUUGAUAUCGACAGGAACAAAAAAUAAAGAACAACAAUGUAUGUCUACGGCAGACGAGUGUCUCAGUCGGUCAACCAUAAAUGAUGAGUGAGAUAUUGCACACGGUCGAAUGUAAUUACAGUGAACUGACAAGAUAUGCAAAAUUGAUGGUGUAAGAGAUCAAGUCACACAACAGAAAUGUGCAUUUGGAAUUAACGAACCUUUCCAAUAAACGUCAUAAA